CUGGUCCGGCUGUGUGAAGAACAGGGCUUUGAUAAAAACAAACGGCGACGGCGUCUCGGCUGUGUCUAUGGCCGAGGCGGUGAAGCCCCAGCGCCGGGCCAAGGCCAAGGCCAGCCGGACUAAAACCAAGGAAAAGAAGAAAUAUGAAACCCUUCGGACGGAGGAGUCUGAUGAAAUCUCUCUUCCAAAAACCUCCAGAGAGCAGGAAAUCCCUACUCUAGCUUGUGAAUUCAAAGGAGACUAUCUAAAGGUGUUAACUGAAUCCCAGCUCAAUAGUGAUGCCAGUGGACAAAAUGAAAGUGAAAUGUUUGAUGUACCACUCACCUCCUUGACUCUAGGCAAUGAAGGAUCCCUGACAUGUAACACACAGUCCCUUAAAGAAGGGGAAGAGUCCAGAACUUACAUUAGGGAUGACAAUGAUGAAAUCAGGCUGAAGGUGAACUCAGGAGACAAUGUUGGAACUAAAGUAGAAACCCCCAAGAGUGUUACAGAAGUAGAGGAAAACACGUUGGUACCAUGUGGACCUUCAGAAAGCACACUGCAUUCUGAUUUUUCUAUUCAUCAGGAAAUAGAAAAUAUACAAAUCAGAGAAAUUCAGAAUAGGAAAGAAGAUAAACAAGCCCUGGGCUGUUCUUCAGAGAUGCUUCAAAGUGUUGGUCUUCAGAGUUSUUAUGAAGCCAGAGAAGUGUCUCAGCUACCCAGAGUGAAGAAACUGUAUCCCCAGUUGCCAACCGAAAUUGCUGGAGAGGCGCCAGCCUUGGUGGCAGUGAAACCCUUACUUUGUAGUGAGAGACUCUAUCCAGAACUUCCAUCUCAGCCAGAACUGGUACCAUUUACUAAAGAACAGCUGAAAAUCUUGGAGCCUGGUUCAUGGCUAGAGAAUGUUGAGUCAUAUUUAGAAGAAUUUGACAGCUUGGCUCAUCAGGACAGGCAUGAAUUUUAUGAGUUACUUUUGAACUAUUCACGAUGUAGGAAGCAGUUGCUGCUGGCUGAAGCUGAACUACUUACUCUGACGUCUGAUUGCCAAAAUGCUAAAAGCCGACUCUGGCACUUUAAGGAGGAACAGCUGUCUGUACAGGGUAUCUGUGCAGAUCAAGUGAAAGUUUCUGGCUAUCAUCGAUACCAGAGAGUAGAGAUGAAUGAAAAUGCACUGGGGGAGCUGAAGAAGCUAUUUGAUGCCAAAUGUGAGCACCUCCACCAGACCCUGGCCCUUCAUUCUUACACUUCUGUGCUCUCAAGGUUGCAAGUGGAGUCUUAUAUCUACUCAUUGCUCAAUAGCUCAGCUGUUCUGAGGUCCUUAGCAGUUCACCAGCAAGGCCGAGCUUCUAAACAGAUAGACAGCGUUCCUUCUGAUCUGUGUCAGUUGAAGGAGUGUAUUAGUGUCUUAUUCAUGUUCACGAGGAGAGUAAAUGAAGAUACUCAGUUCCAUGAGGAUAUUCUUCUCUGGCUGCAGAAAUUGGUAUCAGUGUUACAAAGAGUUGGCUGUCCUGGAGAUCACCUCUUUCUCCUGAACCAUAUUCUUCGAUGCCCAGCUGGAGUUAGUAAGUGGGCUGUUCCUUUCAUCCAGAUCAAAGUGUUGAAUAACCCAUCAGGGGUCUUUCAUUUUAUGCAGUCACUUGCCCUACUGAUGUCUCCUGUCAAAAAUCGAGCAGAGUUCAUGUGCCACAUGAAGCCCAGUGAGUGGAAGUCAUCCUCUUCAGGGCCUGCAUCUGGGACCUGGACACUCGUGGAUGAGGGAGGAGAAGAGGAUGAAGAUCCUGAGACUAGUUGGAUUCUCCUUAAUGAAGAUGACUUGGUUAUCCUUUUUUCACAGUUUCCAUUCCAUGAACUCUUUCAACAUCUUCUUGGGUUUAAAGCAAAUGGAGAUUAUUUACCUGAAACAACAAGACCUCAAGAGAUGAUGAAAAUUUUUGCCUUUGCCAACUCAUUAGUCGAACUUCUGGCUGUGGGGUUAGAAACCUUUAACAGAGCACGCUAUAGGCAGUUCGUGAAGCGGAUUGGUUAUAUGAUCAGGAUGACCCUUGGCUAYGUGAGUGACCAUUGGGCACAAUAUGUGAGCCACAGUGGAGGCUUGGGAUCAGCCUUGCAGCCCUACUCCUUGGAAAAACUACAGGUGGAAUUUGAUGAGCUGUUUUUGAGAGCUGUCCUACAUGUGCUGAAAGCCAAAAGACUUGGCAUUUGGCUGUUUAUGUCUGAAAUGCCCUUCGGGACGUUGUCAGUUCAGAUGCUCUGGAAGCUCUUCUACCUCAUGCACCAGGUGGAGUGUGGGAACCUGCAGCAGCUCUGCCCUGCCCUCCAGCCGGCUGAGUGCAAGAGGCAGCUCCAAGACCCAGAACAUUUUGUGAACUUUGAGAAGUGUCUUUCUUCUAUGAAUAGCUCGGAAGAGAUUUGUCUUCUGACUACCUUUGCUCAGAUGGCUCAGGCCAGAAGAACCAAUGUGGAUGAAGACUUCAUAAAAAUUAUUGUUCUGGAGAUAUAUGAGGUAUCUUAUGUCACCCUCUCCACCAGAGAGACUUUUUCAAAGGUUGGUCGAGAGCUUUUGGGGGCCAUUACAGCUGUUCAUCCUGAGAUAAUUUCUAUCCUUUUGGAUCGAGUUCAAGAGACCAUUGACCAGGUUGGAAUGGUUUCUUUAUACUUGUUUAAAGAAUUGCCUUUGUAUCUCUGGCGACCUUCUGCUUCGGAGCUAGCUGUGGUUCGGGGUUGGUUAUUGAAUCACAACCUGACAGCAGUGAAGAACAAAUUGGCCUGUGUUAUUUUAGAAGGACUGAACUGGGGAUUUGCUGAACAGGGUAUUCUUCAUCUGGAUCAAGCAGUCCAUUCUGAAGUGGCCUUAAUGGUUCUAGAAGCUUAUCAGAAGUACCUUGCACAGAAGCCAUAUGCUGGGCUAAUUUCUGAAAGUAUGAAGCAGGUUUCAUAUUUGGCCAGUAUUGUUCGAUAUGGAGAAACCCCUGAGACCUCAUUUAACCAAUGGGCCUGGAAUUUGAUCUUGAGGUUAAAACUGCACAGAAAUGACUAUGGAAUACAGCAGAAUUGCCCAACUGUUCCCUUCUGCAGCAUGGUGCCUGACAUGACAGAGUCACCUGCAUUUCAUCCUCUCUUGAAGGCUGUGAAAGCUGGCAUGCCCAUUGGCUGUUAUCUCGCCUUAUCUAUGACAUCUGUGGGCCACAGCAUUGAGAAGUUCUGUGCAGAAGGCAUUCCACUGUUGGGAAUUCUGGUCCAGUCGAGGCAUUUGAGAACAGUGGUCCACGUCCUAGAUAAGAUUCUACCUUUGUUUUACCCUUGCCAGUAUUACCUUCUGAAGAAUGAGCAGUUUUUGUCGCACUUCCUCCUCUUCCUCCACUUGGACAGUGGUGUACCUCAGGGUGUCACGCAGCAGGUCACUCACAAGGUGGCACAGCACCUCACAGGAGCCAGCUAUGGGGACAACGUGAAGCUUCUCAACAGCAUGAUCCAGGCGCAUAUAUCUGUAAGCACGCAGCCCAAUGAAGUCGGUCCUGUUGCCGUGUUGGAGUUCUGGGUUCAGGUUCUCAUAAGCCAGCAUCUUUGGUACCGAGAACAACCCAUCCUCUUCCUCAUGGACCACUUGUGUAAGACAGCCUUUCAGCUGAUGCAGGAGGACUGUGUACAGAAGUUACUCUACCAGCAACAUAAGAAUGCUCUAGGUUACCACUGUGACCGGAGUCUGCUCUCUUCCUUGGUGAGCUGGAUCGUGGCAGGCAACAUCACUCCAUCUUUCAUAGAAGGCUUGUCCAUGCCCACUCAGGUCUGGUUUGCAUGGAUUGUGCUGAACAUGGAAUCCAUCUUUGAAGAGGACUCCCAGCUCAGAAGAGUUGUUGAAGGGGAAUUGGUUAUAAACUCUGCUUUUACCCCUGACCAAGCUCUGAAGAAAGCCCAGGCCCAGCUGAAGCUCCCGAUUGUCCCAUCCCUACAGAGGCUGCUGAUUUAUCGCUGGGCCCACCAGGCUCUGGUCACACCUUCUGAUCAUCCUCUUCUGCCACUCAUCUGGCAGAAGUUCUUCCUCCUGUAUCUUCACCGCCCAGGACCACAAUAUGGGUUACCCAUAGAUGGUUGUAUUGGAAGAAGGUUUUUUCAAAGUCCUGCUCAUAUCAACUUGUUGAAAGACAUGAAGAGACGCCUGACUGAGGUGGCCGAUUUCCACCAUGCUGCGAGCAAGGCCAUCCGUGUUCCAGCAGAGGGCAGUGAAGGGCUACCAGAGAGCCAGGAUGUCACCCCUGGUUACCUGACUUCUCCAGAACUGCACACAGAACUCGUGAGGCUCUUCAAUGUAUAUAUAUUAUGGCUAGAAGAUGAAAAUUUUCAAAAAGGAGAUACCUAUAUCCCUUCUCUACCAAAGCAUUAUGAUAUUCACAGGCUAGCAAAAGUGAUGCAGAAUCAGCAGGAUCUGUGGAUGGAGUAUUUGAACAUGGAACGUAUCUAUCAUGAGUUCCAGGAAACUGUUGGUGUGUGGAUGCAGGCCAAGCUCGAAUCCCAUUCCAUACCCUGCAGCUUGUCGGCACAGCUGGACUUCACUGAUCCUUUGUUGGCCAAAGAAAGGAUCUUAAGUAACUUGCGGAAACACGAGGCUCCCCAACCUCCCCUUGUUCUGCAUCCCAUGAGGCCUCCUGUGCCAGUUAUUUCCUCCACCGUCCUGCUGAGUCACAAGGAAACUACCCAACUGGUGUGCACAGACCUGAAUGUGCUGCAACAGCAGGCCAGAACUGCAGCUCUUCGGGAGUCUCAGCAGGUUGCCCUGGAUGGUGAGCUGUUGGAUAUAAUGCCCAAACAGUACAUGAAUCGAGAAGAACAGACCACACUGCAUUUGGAGUGUAGAGGCAGCAGUGGUAAGAAAUGCCAGGGAGCAGCAGUUGUAACAGUUCAGUUUGAAGGCAUGUAUAAGAAUGAAGCAGUGAGCCAACAGCUUCAUAUUUUGCGAAAAGAAGUGAAACAGUUGCAAGCAGAAGCUGCUAAACCACCUGCACUGAGUAUUGUGGAAGCUGCUGUACAUGCAGAGAACCUAAUUACGACCUUAGUGAAUGCCUACAAGUUGCAACCAACACCUGGGUUUCAGAAGGUUGGCAUUAGCCUUUUCUUUACUAUUGUGGAUUAUGUAAGCGAUGAGACGCAGCGCCACCCCCCCACAAGACAGUUCUUCACUUCAUGCAUUGAGAUCUUGGGACAGGUGUUCAUCAGUGGUACUACAUCAGAAUGCAAAAAGGUACUUCAGACCAUUCUGAAGAAUAGAAGGCUCUGCUCUCUUCUGUCGCCUUUCUUCACUCCCAAUGCUGCGCCUGCAGAAUUCAUACAACUGUAUGAGAAAGUGGUGAAGUUUCUGAGUGAAGACAACAGUGAUAUGAUUUUCAUGCUGCUAACCAAGUUCGAUCUUAAGCAAUGGUUAAACGCCACUAAACCUCCUCUGUCUGAUCGUACCAGGCUUCUGGAGUCCAUUCAUUUGGCACUUACUGCCUGGGGCCUUGAACCAGAUGAAGAUAUUUUGAUGCCAUUUAAUCUUUUCUGUAAGCACUGGACUUACCUUCUUCUCUACCAGUUCCCUGACCAGUACAGUGAUGUUCUCAGGCUGCUGAUGCAAAGCUCUUCAGAGCAGUUGCUGAGCCCUGAGUGUUGGAAAGCCACUCUGCGAGCCCUGGGCUGCACUGCCCCUAGCUGCCAUCAGGGGGCAGCUUCUGCAGAGGGCACUGUGCUGCACAGCUCUUCAAAUGUUCUCUUGUCAGAUAAGCAGGUAGUGGAGACCAUACAGUGGCUUUCAGACUUUUUUUAUAAGCUUCGGUUAUCCAAGUUGGACUUUAAAAGCUUUGGUUUAUUUUCAAAAUGGAAUCCGUACAUGGCUGAUGUGAAGAUACUUUUGGGCUAUCUUGUGAAAAGGCUGAUUGACUCAGAAAUGGCCUCCUUGGCCCAAGACCCAUCUGCCAGCAGCAAAACAGUACUGAGAUCCCUACAUUCAGUAACCAUCCAGCUCUUUAAGCCAUGGAUCUUGGUUUUAGAGGACAGUGAAAGCACCCAACAGCGACAUUACCCCUGGCUGGAAAGUGAUGCUGUGGUGGCCUCAGACAUUGUGCAGUUGUUCACUGACUGUGUGGAUUUACUGCAUGAGAGUUUUAAAGACAAGCUGUUGCCAGGUGAUGAAGGAGCCCUUCGGUUACACCUGAUGCAUUAUUGUGAAGCAUGUACUGCACCCAAAAUGCCGGAGUUCAUUCUGUAUGCUUUUCAUAGUGCAUACCAGAAACUCCAGUGGAAGGACCUGCAUCCCGAUCAGAUGCUCAUGGAGGCCUUCUUCAAAGUGGAACGAGGAAGCCCCAAGAGCUGUUUCUUGUUUUUGGGAACCGUGCUCUGUGAAGUCAAUUGGGUUAGUGUGCUUGCCGAUGCCUGGAACCCCAAUCCCCAGCCUGAAACCCGGAGCAUGAUUGUCUGCCUCCUUUUCAUGAUGAUUUUACUGGCAAAGGAAGUUCAACUUAUAGAACAGACAGAUUCGCCUUUACUUAGUCUCCUUGGACAGACAAGCUCGCUCUCGUGGCACCUUGUGGACAUUGUGUCGUACCAGAGUGUGCUAAAUUAUUUCAGCAGUCACUACCCACCGACCAUCAUCCUGGCAAAGGAAUCUUCUGCUGAAUUGAUUGUGAAGCUUCUGAAAGUGUCUGCAGGACUUUCCAUUCCUACUGACAGCCAGAAACAUCUUGAUGUGGUUCCAAAAUGCCAAGCUUUCACUCAUCAGAUGGUUCAAUUCCUCAGCACCCUGGAACAAACUGGAAAAGUCACCUUUGCUGUCCUAGAACAGGAAAUGUCUAAGCUCUUGGAUGAUAUCAUUGUCUUUAACCCGCCUGACAUGGACAGCCAGACCCGCCACAUGGCCCUCAGCAGCCUCUUUAUGGAAGUCCUGAUGAUGAUGAACAAUGCAACUAUUCCAACGGCAGAGUUCCUCCGGGGCAGUAUCCGGACCUGGAUUGGCCAAAAAGUGCAUGGGCUGGUGGUGCUGCCCCUGUUAACGGCAGCCUGCCAGAGCUUGGCAUCCGUCCGCCACAUGGCAGAGACUACAGAAGCCUGCAUCUCUGCCUACUUUAAGGAAGGCUCCCUCAAUCAAAAUUUAGGAUGGGGUCCCAUUCUGGUGUCCCUUCAAGUUCCUGAGCUCACUAUAGAAGAAUUUCUGCAGGAGUGCCUGGCCCUUGGCAGUUAUCUGACCCUUUAUGUCUACCUGCUCCAGUGUUUGAAUAGUGAGCAGACUCUAAGGAAUGAAAUGAAGGUGCUGCUCAUCCUCAGCAAGUGGUUGGAACAGGUGUAUCCAAGCUCUGCACAGGAAGAGGCAAAACUAUUUCUAUGGUGGCACCAAGUCCUGCAACUGUCCCUGAUUCAGACUGAGCAGAACGACUCAGUCCUCACGGAAUCUGUUGUCCGAAUUCUGCUCAUGCUUCAGAGCAGGCAAAACCUCCUGGCUGAGGAGAGACUCAGCUCUGGGAUUUUGGGGGCAAUUGGACUGGGCCGGAAGUCUCCCUUGUCCAACAGGUUCCGAGUGGCUGCCCGAGGCAUGGCUGCCUUCCUUUCAAUUCAGGUUCCUUCAGAAGAUCAGAUCCGACUGAAGCCUGGCUCUGAACUACAUUUGACCCCAAAAGCUCAGCAGGCUCUGACUGCUCUUGAAUCCAUGACACUGAGUAAGCAGUAUGUUGAAUACCAGGAUCAGAUUUUGCAAGCUGCCCAGUUUAUAAAGCAUCCUGGCCAUUGCCUCCAAGAUGGGAAAAGCUUCCUGGCUCUUCUCGUUAACUGUCUCUACCCAGAAGUGCAUUAUCUGGACAAUAUACGGUAGUAACCACAAGGCUCCGUGACAAACCCCAUCACUGUUUAUGUUUACAUUUAACUUUGCUGUUGCACAAAUAACUUUGCUCACUUUCAUUGUAGAGUUCAGUUUAGCCACGGAAUGGGUGACUGGAGAUGCAAUUGGGAGGCAUUAGGUGAUUCCGUGUGUCCCUGUGUCCGUGUGUGUGUGUGUGUGUGUGUGUGUGUGUGUGUGUGUGUGUGUGUUUCACUCUCUGGGGACUUUUUAGUUUUUAUGUUCAUCCACAACUGAAACUUACUAAGUUCCACUUGGGUACAGAGCCACUCACAGUUGCCAACUGUCCUCAUCUCAUAAGACCCGCAGAGGGAAUUUUCAUGAUAUGUCUCCACCUCUGACUCCCCUGUUUUAUUUAAACGUCAAGAUUCCUGUGCCAGAUCUGACUGCUUUGCGAGUCAUAUAUAACCCUCACUUUGAACCCCAUUUGUGUGCUUUUA